GUUUCCAGGCUUGGAUGAGCUCUCUCCAAUCCUCGUGGAAGACAAAAUGGCGACCAACAGUGCUAAGCGUGUCUUGUAAACUUGUCUUAAUUUUAGAACGACUCCGCGGAGAAAUAGACUUAAAAACCGCCGAAAAGAUGAUCCUAAUAGUUAAAGAGCUAUUCAAUUCCACAAAACCAACAAAUUGUUGGUUAAUUUCUUGAAUUUCCGGGUUAGUGUGAAAAGCUGACGGUGCAAGUGCGACACGCUUUGUCGAAGGGCGAUCUAUUUUCGAAGUCUUUUACGUGGAUCACGAUGCAGAUUAAGAGCGUGGAAGCCUUGAAAUCUUGGUUAACAACUCGUUUGGAGUCAGUGUGAGUAUAUGAUGGCAAAGAUGUAAGAUUGCUCUUCACGUGAUUUGUUAAUUAAUGGUUGUUUCUUUAUAGCUUUUUUAAAUUCCUAAUUUUAUUUUGGACUGAUCAUAAUCCAAUCGCGCCAUUUGACCUGUAAGGUAACCAUAUAUAGAUGAAAUGGUGUACAGUUACGGGCAAACUAACUGUUAAUUUGGGCAAAUUGGUUUGAAUAAAUGUGUUGCCUUUGCGUUAGUUGUAACUGGUACACUGAGGGGUAACUGAUGCAGGAAGAUUAUUUUUGUUUGCUCAAUAUUGUUGUCACCCUACUGAGGUCUUCUUAGGGUAAAAUUUGGACAAGUGACAUGGCCUUGAAACAGCGACAUAAGACAAACAACGUGAAGAUGGGAUGAAUACUGACAGAGACAUGGCCUACGCUUCAAAACUCGAAACAGCCGUAUUUAAAAUUUAGACUAGGGACAUACGUACAGCCCCCUUAUGGGGGCCUCACCAUUGCACUAGAUACAUUUUGCAGGCAACUGAUCAAGUCGGCCAAAAGUCAUCUUGCUUGAGGUUAUGAUGACCGAACCCGAGAGUUAAUUUACACUAAGAUAAAUGACAGCAUAGAAACAUUUUUGUACUUGUCAUUCCUCAAGCCUGACAACAACAGUAAGUGUAAAAUAGCAGUGACUGCAGCGCUGUACAAAAGUGUCCUGUGUUAUAAUUUUGAGCAUCGUGUAGGUCAGAUGACUUUUGAGCGACUUGACGUUGUGCACCACCUUUAAUGGUCAGGUAGAAAGACUGUUUGAGGUAAAUAAUACUCAUAAUAUAUGUAGAUUUUUUCCCUCAUCACCAUCUUUUUUUUAGCUUUACUUGGUAGGCUCCUUAAACCUUUCAUAAACCAUCAACGUGUUGUUGAUAGCUGGUUUGGUGACAGACAACCAAUGGGUUUGACACGCACAUUAGCCAUUAAUAAUUUUUUUGAAUCCUGUUUUUCUUUAAUUAUUGAUAUUUGUAUUAUAGUUGUGAUGCUGAUCCCGCUGCUUUAGCUAAAUAUGUUGUGGCUUUGGUAAAAAAGGACAAGCCCGUGGAAGAACUCAAGGAGAUUUGCAUUGACCAGUUAGAAGUAUUCCUUUCUGAUGGUGAGUUCGGUGCUUCACAAAGUAAUGUAAUUAUUUAUUAUUAUUUCAUAUAUUUAUUUCCCUUUCAGAAAAUAUCCAAACCCUCACCACGGAAGGAUUUGGAAUUUCCAUGGGGGGUGUGUGUGUGUGUGUGUGUGUGGGGGGGGGGGGUCAGAGACCCAGGAAAUUCCAGAGGGGAGGGGGGUUGGACAAUAAAAAUCACUUUCCAAGGAGAUAAUUUCGAACUCAGUACGAAAAUUGCUACUUACUGAUCUGGUAGAUCAGUUUUGAGAACAUAAACAAGUUUAACUAUAUCAUUUUAUGAUUGUUUUUUCAUCUAUUUUCUUUCUUCCAAAAGCGUUAUGUAUGCAAAUCCAAAGGAAUCAGGCCCCUGUUAGGCCGACAAAAACUUGACUUGUCACGUGCAUAAUAGUGCUCCCAUUACUCAUCACCAGUCUCCUUAGAGACAUAAAUGAGUAACAGAUGUGGUUACAUAGCUCUGGUACAAAAAGCACUUGUGACUAGCUACAUGUACGUUUCUUCUAUCUCCACAUUGCAUCGAUCAGUUGAUCGAAAAACAGUACAAUGGUGAAAGUUUCGUUUCAAGUAGCAGAAGGUGUAUGAUCUAACCAUUUCAGAAUGUAGAGUUUUUAUUCUCCUUUUCGUUUUCCCUUAAUUUUGUGGUUGAAAAUUUGAUGUGUUUGCAAUCGUUCUCACGCUGAAAUGACAUUAAUUCCAUCAACAUUACGGCCAUGUUAUUGCCUGUUUGGAUGUGCAGGCAGCUUCCAGACUAAACAUUAUAAACACACAGCUGUAGUUUUAGAGCAAAAAAUGUUAUCACAGGUGACAGUGAACAAUACUUACAUGUAGGGUAUUAGAUCUGCUGUAAACCCAUUUGUUUCAAAAAUUUAUUUCCCAUUAUUGGAGGUGCCAUUUUUUUAAGAAUAAUUAGGGCUGCAAGACAAAGGAAAUUGAGAAUAAACCUACGGGUAAAUAUUUUUAACUUGAAUCUAGUACUGAGCUGUAACGUUAAUCCAAAAGAAGCUGACAAACAGGAACACAUAACAGAUAGCAUACCCGGAGAAAAUGGAAAUAAAACAUUACAGUCACUUGACAACUUAAUUAUACUGUGCAUAAAUUGAUUCAGCUGAGGAAGCCUUAUGUUAUAAGCCCUGUGGUUUCUAUUAAAAGCUUCCUCACCACUUUCGUUCUGUACUGUAUUUUUUCUUUCUUUCUUUGUACAUUUUGUGAGGAAAAAUAAAUAAAUAUAAUAAUAUUAUUUAUGCAAAUGCCAUACAACAUUAAAAAUUCUUUAGGCCCUGCUUAAAGCCUUAAACUUUCUGGAUAGUUGUGAUAGCUAUAGGAAGAGUAUUGAACAGUGAGGGGCCAUCAAGAUUAAAGGCCUUGUUCCCAAGGGUUUUGGACUUAGUUGUGGAGACCUUUAAUUUGUAGUUGUUAUUUAUAUUACAGAAUGAAUCAUCUACAUGUACAUGUAUGUUACUGAUAACCAUUUUAUUUUGUAUCUCCAGAAACUGCCAAAUUUGUAAAUGAGUUGUUUGAAGCACUUACAAACUCUGCGUACCUACCUCAGACACUCAUAGAACCCAGCCCUCCUCCAGUUCCUGUUCCUACCUCAGUACUUCCUCCGCAGCCAACACCCACAACUACAACAACACAGGAAAAACCACGAAAAACAUCAUUAUCAGAAGAUGUUUUAACGACAAGAGUACUGGCAGAGGUAAGUGGAGAUACAUGUAACAACUUUAUAAUUCUUACAGGGUUUGCAAAUUAAUUUUUAUUGAUGAGUGGAGUCAGUGUGACUUCUGCUUCGCAAAUUUUGGAGUCAUUUUGGAAUAUUUGGAGUCAAGUAUCACAACAAAAAAAGCCAUUUUCAGACUUUCCAGCAUGUGGCCCUGGCAUGUAUACACUAUCAUGAGGGAUACACGAAGUAGCUGUGUGGUCCGCGGAAAGCUCAAAUCCAUGAUGGCGGUCAUUGAUUAAACUUAGAUUGUAAUUUUCCCUCUUCAUGUUUUGUCGUACAGUAUAAUUCUUUAACUUCAAUGAUUUAAUUUAGGUUUACAAUGUUUACAAUAUUAACGUAAAUUGUAUUUGUUGUGAAAGAGGUAAGGACAAAACUGUUUGUUAACGAAAAUUUCUGGAGUCGAAGUGACUUUCUCCGUAACCUCAGUGGAGUCAUCUGAACAAUUUUGGUGUAAAAUAGGCCAAAUUUGGCGUAUUUGCAAACCCUGAUUCUUAGCAGAAAGGCCACGAAUGAUUGCUGUUGCUCCUCCUUGAAUUAAUUAUCUAAAAGCAACAACUUUUUGUGAGAAUAUUGGCCAAUAUUGAUACAUUGUAAACAGUCACGUGCUUCGUUUUCAUGAAUUUCAGAGUUGUUGUUGAACAAUUAACCACUAUCUUGAAGUGCUCUCUUCAUUUUUGUCUCUUGUUCUCCGGCUUGAUACACCAGUAAUAAAUGCUACACUUUUCAUCUCUAGUAUGUUUAAAGUGGGUGUGGGUCUUGAAGCUGUGCAAAGAAAAAAUUAAACUUCUCAAAUAUAGAUGAGGUUGGUUGUAGGUGACCUAAAGGAUGGUGGUACCAAGUGCAUAAGAGAUGUACAUAUUGUAUCCAUGGCAAUCAGUGAGCAGCAACAACCAGCAGGACCAUGACCACGUAGAUUAGUGGAAAAAUAACAUGGUAUACUCUAACAUGUACCUGAAAGGGAGGGAUUAGGGAUAGAUUAGCAGAAAGCGGCAUAGAUGCUAAACAUGCUUAAUUUAUUGCACAAUGAAUCUCAGUAAUUUGAUUGCCAUUCAAGGAAGUGGUGAAGCCCAUGUAAAGAUUUUGAACUUCUUUGUUUGUGAAUGAUUAAAAUUAAUGCUGUGAGACUGUUGUUGUGUUUACUUUUGUAACAGAUGAAAAUAUUUUUGGCUUUUUUUCAGCCUGAUGAUGAUGAUAGAGAUUUCAAACGAACAAGAAGAACCACAGAAAGUAGUGAUCGUAGCGCUGCUGGAGGCAGUUCUAUUGUGACAACCACUGGAGAUAGAUCUCGUAAACGAAGAGCGGAUGAGGAUAGAAGCAGAGAUGACCUUGUAAAGAUUCCAAGAGAGGAACUAAGUGGAGUAAGGAGAGGGGAUUCGGAACCCAGAGAUGAUCAGGCACCUAAAAACAGGCCUGAUUCCGCACCUUUUGACAAUGUAACUUACCCCAUUCCCAGCUCACUGCAUCGUGACAGGGGUAACAGGUACGGUCAAGAUGUUCAGGAUUUACGAAUGGGUAUGCACCCUCAUGAGGACUUUAGAGGCAGACAUGGCAGCCCAACCAGGGAUCGCAGAGGUGGAAGGAUGCGCAACUUUCACGACCGAGACCGGGACCGAUACAGAGAUGACCGACUGCGACGUGAAAGAAGGGAUGAUAGGGAGAGGGGUAUGGGGAGGAAGUCUCGUUGCCGUGACUAUGAUGGUAUGUUUUUUUUUGUCUGAAAGUACUGAAUCUGAGUUGUAGCUAGCAUAAGACAAACCUACUGUAGGCCCCUUUAAUUACUUUGGGAAGAAUCGUGAUUUAAAGGGGUACCCAGAAAUAAUGUCUUUCUGGUGCAGAGGGGUAUUAUAUUGAUGAUGUUGAUGAUGAUCCAUAAAACAACACCAACUGAUUUCUGAUAAACUACUAUAUUCUCCUCAGAAAUUACCUAAUAUUUUCUUGUGAAACCAAAAGAGAAUUUGAGAUUAGAUCUAAAGUUAAUUAGGACCUUAUUCAAUACACCUCUUCAUUAUUUAUUUUCCGUUGUGUGAGUAAGAGAAAAGUAUUUGGGUAUGAGGCAAAGUAUUGAAAAUUAAAGUAAAAAAGACGUGUGUAGUUUUCUAAUAGAUAAAUAAAUACACAAAUAAAAUCAAACCAAUUUAAUUAAAACUAAUUUUUGAGUACAGCUGUACGGCUGAUUUACACGUAAAUUGUGGCUCCACUGUAGUGGAUUCUCAACAAAGGUUUUUUUUUGGCUUACAUUUCAACAGAAAAAGGAUUUUGUAUGCGAGGGGAGCUGUGUCCUUUUGACCAUGGUAAUGAUCCUGUGGUGGUACAAGAUAUGCUACCUCCAGGGAUGUUAGGAUUCCCUGCAUCCACUGGACCUCCUUUCCUUCCUGAUGGCCAACCAAUCCCCGCGGCAGCACUACCGGGGAAUGCUGGCCCUAUCCCUGGGAAUUAUCCUCCUCCAAACUCCCAACCGCCGCCCCCUGGGACAUCAGGCACAUUACCUAAUGAUGGUCCAAAAUGCAAAGGUGCUCAGGAAGGUCCUGAUACAACUGUACCUGUGAGUGGCCCAAGACCCUCAGCCCCAGCCAUCAUGGUACCUCCACGUAGUCAAGCACCUGUUAUGCCACCCCAUGCUGUUCAUAUGAUGCAGCAACCAAUACUACGGGGGCAGGCACCCCGCCCUCCAUUUAUGAAGCCAUUUGAAGGUGGGUCUUAUUUUUUCAUUUCUUUUGCACUUGCUUUUGGUGUCAGACUUUGAAGUAUAAUCCACACACGUACAUUCAAAUAAUAAUGUGAUAUGUUAAGUUCAGUAGGUUCAGUAAAAUUGACUGCUUCGUAACUUUAGCUUCAUUUCCUAGAUUGUUGUAAGUUUUGUUAUUGAAGUCUUUGAAUCAAAGAUUUAUUUUUUAACUGGCUGUUAACUUACGGUGGAUUUUUUUGGGAAGAUCUUACCUGUAACUUUAACUCUUGAAUCUGAAAAUAGUGUUUGUGUGUCUUUACUGAAAUACACAAAUGGUUUUUAAGAAUUAUUUUAUUCUCCAAAUUGAUUCAGAAAAAUCCAAAUCUGAAUCUGAAUGCUCAGCUCAGAUACUGUACUUAACAUGAGUGGAAUUGAAUUCAAGGAAUUAAGUUUACGUAAAGUACAGCAUCGGAAUCAAUUUAAAAUGGCUAAGUUAAUUUGGAUUGGCUCAGCUGUUGUUUACACCAGGGUCAGCUGUGAAUGAUGGCUGUGAACCAGCAUUGAUUCAGAUGCUGAACUUAACAUGAGCCAAACAAUAUUUAUAAGUUUUUGUGAUGUACUGUUAAUGCAGUGCUCAUUUUUACCCUUUUAAAUUUAGUCCAGCUGGUAUACAGAUUGGUGUCCAAAUUAAUUCAGCUGGCCUAAAUUAAUUGGAUCGGCCUAAUGUCAAAUUUGAUUCCACUAGUUUGAAUUAAGGCAUCUGAACUUGCCCUAAGAGUCUACUUUUGCCUUCUUUCAAAGAAACACACUCAAAGUUUGUCAGAGAAACUUUACAAACUUUUCUAUGUAUUUUUUUCACUUCAGAUUCCUACAAUCCAGAGCAGCCACAGUUUGACCGCACCCCUGUGUGGAUGAGGCUGGGUAAUGGCCGUCCUCCUCAUCCCCUUCCCGCCCGCGGAGGGUUUCAUCCCAUGAUGGCUUUACGAUCAAGAGAACUAUUGCCCGUCACUCCCAAUCAAACUCAACUUACUGUUCGAGGUAAUUAAACAACAGCAGAUUUUUUAGACCUCUCCUUUUUGUAACUAGCAACCUGUAACAUGUUCAAGGGCUGACUUUCUAAUCUCAUGUCACCUACUCUGAUUCUUUCAUUUGACUUAAAUGACAGUGUGAUUAAAGGCUUACAGUGCACUUUGAAAAACUACUAUGACAAAAAAAAAACAAAAACAAAAACAAAAAAAAUAUCUAGUAAUAUUGCAGCAAACAUCACCAACAAAUGUUCAGUUUUGGUGUUCAUUUGGCGAAAUUCAAAUUAUGUUUCAAAAAUGUCUAAAAAAAAAACAGACUCAGAAAAAAAUAUGAUCACACUGUUGCAUUUAGGUCAAUCUGUGCAUGAAUGUAUAGGUGUAGCUCUGGAUUCCAUAACUUUGCUUUUCUUUAUAAUCAGUAGUACCCAAGACUGUGCUUUAGUUAUGCUUGGCAGCUCCUCCCAACUUACUUCUACCUUGGGUGACAGAGAAACCUUAGUUUUUGCAUAACAAUUAUGUACCUGGUACCCUGGAUUUUAUAUGUUCAAGGCUCCCAAGAAUUUCCUUUAAGCACAGCCUUAUAAUGAUCAACCCACAAUUGCAACACUGACUAUUUUUUCCUGUUCUCAUUAUUAUUUUGUUGAUUUUUGUGCAUCAAGUCCCUGGUAUAUCUGCCCCACCUCCAACAGUACCCACCAUGCCUGACAGAGUAGUCAUCCACCCAGAUGCAACAAACAACACCCCUGUACCACCCCAAGAGCAACCACCGCAACAACAGCAGCAGUCCUCAGGUGUACCCCAGCCGGGUGUGGCACAAGCUCCCAGCUCUGUUAAUCACACCGCCCCUGUCAAGAACAGACUUGGGUUUCCAAGGAAAUUCAGUGAUACAUUAGAGUUGAAAAGGAUUCCUCGUGACCUGAACAACAUUGCCAAGUUGAAUGAGCAUUUUCAAAGAUUUGGUUCUAUCACAAAUAUUCAGGUAGAAGAAUUGUGUGGAAUUGUAAAUAAUUGCUCUAAAGAGCUAACAACAUUGUUGUUACAUUAAAGCUAGUUGUACAGGUUGUAGGUUGCCCAAUGUUCAUAAAAUCCUAUAAUAUAGUAGACUGUUUACAGCCCCCUAUUUUUUCGUAAAAUCAUCAUGAUCAAGCGCUUACUGGUACAGACAGUUCUUUCAAGUGGCCAUCUUGGUUUCUUAUUUACUGAGGGGGUGAGCAUCAGGUUUCCAUCCCCCACCUCCUAAGUAGAUUUGACACUCAUCCCCAGGCUAGACUCAGAACACUUGAGACCAAGAUGGCUGCCUGUAACACAAAGUGCUUGAUCUGGGCAAUCUGAGGGAAAAGUAGGGGAUUGUGAACAGUCUAAUAACAGUCCUUUUGUUGAAAGUAUAGUGUAUAAAAUGAUGAUGUUUUUUAGGUCUGUGCAUUUGGAGAUCCUGAAGCUGCAUUGGUACAGUUUUCACAUCACACUGAAGCAAAAGCAGCACACUCUUGUCCUGAUGCUGUCCUUGGUAACCGGUUUAUCCGAGUGUUCUGGCACAAUCCUGACAGACAACAAAACAAUAAGGUGGGUUAGUGUGAACUUGUCCCAACAUUUAGAAGGCUUAUAGAACGUUAUUUGUUAUUUGAAUCCCAAAAAACUUUGUUGUGCAUUUUAUUUUAGUAGCCACUACAAUGACUGUUGAAAAUGACUGAUGUCUUUAAAACUGCCAUCCAUGUUUGAAAAGCAGUUACUGAAUUGGUACAAGACUCUGAAGAUGACUACCUCACAGGUUGUUGAAAUGUCAGUCAUUGUCAACAACAACAGUCCUAUUCAGGACUAUGUUCACCCAGACGAUCACACUCAACCUACUUAUGAAACGACUCCUGGGUUCAAACCUUUUACAGUGUUUUAUAUGUUGUAGAUGUUUCCAAAUGCAUAUCUCGUUGACAGUUUCUUCUGUUAUGUGUGCUCUGCAGUUGUGGGUUUCAUCCACACACAUAUCAAGUUUCAUGCACAGAUGGUUAAGCAGUUAGGUUUCUGUCCUAAAUCUUCAACUGUGCCAAAUAAUCCUGAUGGGAAAUAAAAAUAGUGGUUUUAUUUUUCAGUACCUUUCCUUGGUCAUUACAGUGGAACUCUGAUAUAAUGAUUUUUGAUGUCCCAGCAAAAGUUACAGUAAAAUGUGUGGGACAGAACCCUGAUAAAUUGAUCCUUGAUAUAACGAUGUUCCCGGUAUAAUGAUAAAUAUUCUAUGCGCCAGCAAAAGUUACAGUAAAAUAUGUGGGACAGAACCCUGAUAUAAUGAUCUUCGAUAUAAUUAUAAACACUGUAUUCCCGAUAUAACUAUGAGAUUUUAGUGGACCCGAUAUAACGAUAUUAUCACAAUUUAAGCAAAACAUUGAAUUUAAUACAAUAACAUUAAAGAAAUAGAGUAAUCUCUAAUGUUUCUGUCAACUUACUUGGUGUACUUGGGCUGUACAUUAUAACUCUGAUAACAGAAACAUUGAAACAAAAACGACUUAAGAAGGAUUGUUGCAAGCGUGUCAUGCACAAUAAUGCAUUACUUGCUGGCCACUGUCUGUUUUUUUUUUUAAGGAAAAACAAUGAAUUUGCAAACUCAAUAAGCAGAGACGAGAAAAGUUGCAACUUCAAAGGUUUAAGUUUAGUUUUGUUGCUCUUUUUUGAUUUAAACCACAGAAAAUACUGUGCAACCUUUGAAAUCUUCUAGUAAAAGGCAAACUGUUUAAGGACAUUGCUGUGUGCUCGAAAUGUUACAUUUGCAAAUCAUUUGAUAUUUAUUACAAAUAAUAUUUAGUGAAAUAAUGUAUACAGUAAAAAAGUACAUUCUAGGUUUACUCCGACAUAACAUCAGUUAUUUUUUGGCCAUAUCGUUACAUCGAGAGUUUCGAUUUAGUGAUAUACUUUUACUGCUCCCUUGGCAUAUCGUUAAAUUAGGGUUCCACUGUAUGUGGACAUUUUCUUUAGGAUGGACAUUCAAAUCAAGGAGCCACAGUAGGAAGUGGUAAUACAGAACCGGUCAAAGCUGAAUCAACUACAACAGAGGAUGCCAACAAGGUAAUAAUGGCAUGCAAAGAAAGACGUGUCUGAUAGCUAGUGGAUUU